CCUUCCUCUUCCUCUUCCUCUUCGAAAUCUGAAAUCUCCACCGCCAUAGCCCACAAACGGCAUCCUUUCUCUUCCUCUUCGUCGCCAGUCGCCACAGCCACAGCCACAGCCUUCUACAUUCGACACUACAGAGUCACUGACACUCAAUUCCAUACUUCCUCUUCGUCGCUCACAGUCACUGACUGUUCUUCCUCUUCGCUACUCACUUCCUCUUCCUCUUCUCUUCAAUUCCAUACUUCGACAGAGGACAGACACGACAGUACACUUCGUCACUUGAAAUGUCAAGUAAUUCAAGUUCACCUUGUUCGAAAAAGUCAAAAGCAAAGGGAAGACAACCCGAUCUUCGUGAAUUAUUGUUUAAAAGAAUGAAAUCCCAACAAACAUCUAACGAAGGCAAUGAAUCUUCUCCUUUAAGUUCCCCUCUAAGUCCUCCUUUAAGUUCCCCUCCAAGUGAAGAUGUUAAUAUGGAAGUAGGUGGUUCAAGUAGUUGUGAUGAACCAUUGGAUGAUGACUGGGUGUAUGAUGUUGAACUUCUUCCUCAUGACCCGGGAUUGAGGAAAAACAUAAUGGAUUAUCCCUCUAAUGAAAGAAAUCCGGUUAGGAGAGCAUAUAUUCUUAAAAAACCUUGCCAACCCAAAACACAUGAUUUCCCUCAAAGUAAUAUCUCCGGUAGGUUACGCCGUUUUAGUUUGAAUUGGUUCAAAAAAUGGGAUUGGCUUGAAUAUAGUGUUGAAAUGGAUGCUGCAUUUUGUUUUGUUUGUUAUUUGUUCAAGAGGGAUGUUGAAAUUAACAAGGGGGGUGAUGCAUUUGUUGUUGGAGGGUUUAGAGCGUGGAAUAAACCUGAGAAGCUUGAGAAGCAUGUUGGAGGAAUUAAAAGUGCUCAUAAUAUUGCUUAUGAGAAAUAUGUGAAUCUAAGAGAUUCAAAGAAGACAUCAAUUGAAUUUGUAUUUGAUAAUGCGAUUGAGGUUCAAAUGAAUGAAUAUCAUAUUCGUUUGAAUGCAUCCUUAACUUGUUUGAGAUUUCUUUUGGGCCAAGGUUUGGCAUUCCGGGGACAUGAUGAAAGUGAGGAGUCAUAUAGUAGAGGUAACUUUAUUGAGCUUUUGAAGUGGUUGGGUGGGAAGGUUGAGGAAAUAAGAAAAUAUACUUUCCAAAAUGCACCCAAAAAUUGUCAAGUAACAUCUCCCAAAAUUCAAAAAGACAUUAUCACUUGUUGUGCAAAAGAGACUACUAAGCGCAUAAUAGAAGAGGUUGGUGAUGGUUACUAGUCUAUUUUGGCUGAUGAAUCAAGUGAUGUGUCUCAAAAAGAACAACUAGCUCUUGUUUUGCGGUUUGUUAAUAGAGAAAAUGGAUCGGUAGUAGAACGCUUUUUAGGCAUUCUACAUGUGGGUGAUACUAGCGCUUUGUCUCUUAAAAAUGCCAUUAUGUCGUUGCUUAUGGAACAUUCAUUGAGUCCUUCCAUGAUAAGAGGUCAAGGGUAUGAUGGGGCAAGUAACAUGAGGGGUGAAAUCAAUGGCCUCAAGACUUUGAUUAUGAAUGAUAAUCCAAGAGCCUAUUACAUUCAUUGUUUUGCUCAUCAACUUCAACUAACUCUAGUUGCGGUUGCUAAAAACAAUGUUAAUUGUACUUGGCUUUUUGACGUACUUGCAAACUUGUUAAAUGUGGUGGGAGCUUCUUGUAAGAGAAGAGACCUUAUUCGAAAACACCAAGCUCAAGUAGUGGCUCAAGCUUUGGAAGUGGGGGAAAUUGAAAGUGGAUCGGGUUUGAAUCAAGAACGUGGUUUGAGUAGGCCAGAAGAUACACGUUGGGGAUCUCAUUACAAGUGUCUAAUAAGUAUCAUCAACUUUUUUCCUUCAAUUGUUAAAGUGCUUGAGGAGAUUGAAGAAAAUGGCUCUCCGGAUGAUAAGCUCAAAGCUCAAGUUGUUUUAGGAUCUUUGGAGUCCUUUGAUUUUAUUUUUAUGGCUCAUUUCAUGUUGACUAUUUUUGGCUACACUAAUGAUUUAUGUGUUGCUUUACAAAGAAAGGAACAAGAUAUUGUGAAUGCCAUUAGCCUUGUUAAAAUUACAACGAAUGUGUUGCAAAAGAUGAGGGAUCAAGGAUAGGAUAGUCUCUUAGACAAAGUCAUUUUAUUUUGUACUAAACACGAGAUUGAUGUUCCAUCUAUGGAUGCUCAAUAUGUACCUCAAGGAAGAUCAAGACGUUUUGCUAAACAAGCAACAAAUCUACAUCAUUUUCGCGUUGACAUCUUUUUGGAAGUAAUUGAUUUGCAUCUUCAAGAGAUUGAUAACCGUUUUAAUGAGAAGAACAUGGAGUUACUUACAUGCAUGGCUUCCCUGAGUCCUAGAGGUAACUUUUCAUCUUUUGAUAAAGAGAGGAUACUUAAACUUGCUUCUUUAUAUCCCGAAGAGUUUUCAUGCUAUGAUUUAACGGCUCUUGAUCUUCAACUUGAUGUCUUCUUGGAUUCUAUGCAAAAUGAUGAAAGAUUUCAUGAUUUGCAAGAUAUCAAUUCUCUUUCCAUGAUGCUUGUUAAAACAAGGAAACAUGAGACUUUUCCUCUUAUACAUUUGCUAAUCAAGUUGAAGUUGAUUCUUCCUGUUGCUACGGCAAGUGUAGAAAGAGUGUUUUCCGCAAUGACGUUUGUCAAAAAUAAGUUGAGAAAUAGCAUGGGUGAUCAACUAGUGAAUGAUUGUUUGGUUACUUACAUUGAGAAGGAAGUGUUUCUACAAGUUUCUGAUGAAAAGAUUAUUGAUCGCUUUAAAUAUAUGAAAACUCGAAGGAUGAAUUUGUAAUUUUCAUUUGAA